AUGUCACCUGAAAUUACUCAAGUAAAUGUGGGACUAGAGCACAAGGCUCCGACCAGACCGCUUGGGAAAGCCCCAACUACCAUCUCCCGGGCCCGUACACCGACCACUAAAGGCUCAAUAUCCAAAUCCGUCUCCGACAGUCCUGCGAGUUAUCCUCCUCCCUCCACCUCCGGCCCGGCCUCCCCCAAGGAGAGACCCGACCCCCGUCAGCUCCGUCCACCCAGCCUACCACCCCCCCCGUACCUACGUCCUAGCAUAAUCCCGGUGACCCCCAAGAGCUCAAUGCCGGGUCCACCUCACCAUAUUAACCUACGAUCCGCCCCAUCCCCCGCCCCGUAG